AUGGGAGACUCAGCUGGUAUAGUCUCGGUGCCACCGAAAAGCAUCAAAUUCGCCAUAGAUGUUUGGGCCUCGGUUCCAGGACAGAAAGAUGUCGUCCUCAAGCUUCUUUCAGUCGACCCGGAUAACUACGACGAUGCGCCCUCCGAAGGAAUCCGGAGGGUGUUGGAGAUCGUCUCGGGGCGGGAGAUCAGUCGUCGAAGUCCCAUACCGAAAGAUCUCAUCCAUUCCAUACGCAUGGGAACGACAGUCGCGACAAAUGCACUGCUCGAGAGAAAAGGAAGGCGUCAUGCCUUCAUUGUAAGCAAAGGUUUCGGUGAUUUGAUUGAGAUUGGACACCAAUCUAGACCAAAGCUGUUUGAACUCGGCAUCAGAAAGCCGGAGCUGCUUUACUCGGAGGUUGUCGAGAUCUCAGAGCGCAUUACUGUGGAGUGCUUCGACGAAGACACGACAAACUCGCGUCCGGCUCCUAAGGAGUCGCCUGGUUUAUUCGUCAAGGGUAUCACCGGGGACAUCCUCCGCAUUUUGCAACCCUUGGACGAGGCAGAAGUUACCACAAAGCUCGAGAAGUUGAAGGCGAAAGGGAUUGACACUUUGGCGGUCUGUCUCGUGCAUUCGUAUUUGUAUCCCAAGCAUGAAGAGAGGGUCGCAGAAAUUGCCAAGGGCAUGGGCUUCAACCAUGUCUCGAUCUCUUCAGAGGUUGGAGGAAACAUGAUAAAAAUGAUAUCACGCGGCAGCUCAGCCUCGGCAGAUGCCUACCUGACUCCAGAGAUCGUACAGUACGUGGAUGGCUUUGCCCGAGGUUUUGACGGCGGCAACCUUGACGGAGUCUCUUGCGAGUUCAUGCAGAGCGAUGGCGGACUCGUCAGUCACAAGAACUUCAAUGGUCUUCGAGGUAUCUUGAGUGGUCCUGCAGGUGGUGUUGUAGGGCAUGCGCGGACUUCUUACGAUUGCCAAUCUCCCGUUGUCGGUUUUGAUAUGGGCGGAACAUCCACAGACGUCAGCCGGUACGGAGGAUCCUUCGAGCUUGUCUUCGAGACUGUCACGGCUGGUGUAUCGAUCCAAAGUCCUCAGUUGGACAUCAACACUGUUGCAGCAGGUGGAGGAAGCAUGCUCUUUUGGAAGAACGGAAUGUUCAAAAGUGCUGGAGCACAUCCAGGCCCGGCUUCCUAUCGCAAAAGCGGCCCACUGACGGUGACCGACGCCAACCUCUUCCUCGGGAGACUGGUCCCCGAAUACUUCCCUGCCAUAUUCGGCCCUGAAGAGAACCUCCCACUUGAUUCCAGUAUUGUAACACAGAAGUUCAAAGAGAUCACAGCGAAGAUCAAUGCCGACGCGGGGAGAUCCAUGACACCAGAAGAGGUCGCUCAUGGUUUCAUUGAUGUUGCGAACGAGUCAAUGUGCCGUCCAAUUCGAGCUCUGACCGAGGCCCGAGGAUUUGAGACCGCUCAACACAACCUAGCUACCUUUGGUGGAGCUGGUGGGCAACACGCCUGUGAGAUUGCAGCCAAGCUAGGCAUUCAUCGAGUCGUCAUGCACAAAUACUCUAGCAUUCUAUCGGCCUAUGGGAUGGCUCUUGCAGAGGUCGUACAAGAAGCAAGAGAGCCUAGCUCGGAAACUCUUGGAGAAGACGCGUUAAUACGAUUGGAGGAGAAGUUUCACCUUCUGAAGCAGCGGGCUUCUGAUGGCUUGCUUGCUCAGGGAAUCACGACCUCAUCUAUCGUACACGAGGAGUACUUGAACUUGCGAUAUCAUGGCACCGACACCAAUUUCAUGAUUCUUCGACCCGCGGAUGGCGAUUGGCUAUCUGCACUAGAGAGGGAACAUUAUCGAGAGCUAUCCUUCACUUUCCCUCGGUCAAGGAGAGUUCUGGUUGACGAUGUCCGAGUUCGUGGAAUCGGGAAGAGCGGGGAGGUCACCAAAGACAGUGACACCUUGAUUCAAGAACUAAGCGAACUUUGCUUCCAAGACCAGUCAAAAAACGUGAAUAUGAUGAAAGAAGUCUAUUUCGCAAAUGGCGGGCGACAACAGACCAAAGUAUUCCGUCUCGAUGACCUGAAGCCUGGAAGCAUGAUUCCCGGGCCCGCCAUCAUCAUCGACAAGACUCAGACAAUCAUCGUCGUACCCGGGGCACAAGCCAAGGUUCUCACGUCUCACGUUGUCGUUGACCUAGCCCAAGAAGGAUCUCAAGACAUUAGUAGCGGCGAGCUGAUUGUCGAUCCAAUCAAACUCAGUAUCUUUGGGCACAGGUUUAUGGGAAUAGCAGAGGAGAUGGGCAGGACGCUGCAAAAGACCAGCAUCUCGCUGAACAUCAAGGAGCGGUUGGACUUCUCAUGUGCCAUCUUUAGUCCGAAUGGUGAGCUGGUGGCCAACGCACCGCAUGUGCCAGUGCACCUAGGAAGCAUGAGCUACGCGGUAAAGUAUCAGCAUCAGCUACACCGGGGGAAACUAAGGCCGGGCGAUGUGCUUGUUUCAAACCACCCGGAAUCCGGAGGGACACACUUGCCAGACAUAACCGUCAUCACACCGGUAUUUGAUGACGACGCGAGGACAAUUUGCUUCUACACUGCAUCAAGAGGUCACCACCUCAACAUCGGCGGAUAUAGGGGCAACUCCAUGCCGCCUGACUCUGUAGAGCUCUGGCAAGAGGGCGCCUCAAUCAAGUCAUUCUUCCUUGUGAGAGAUGGCCACUUCGACGAAGAAGGCAUCACAGCCAUUCUUCUAGAACCGGGCAAUUUCCCCGGCUGCAGUGGCUCCAGAAACUUGGGCGACAACCUGUCAGACCUCAAGGCCCAGGUCGCCGCCAACACCAAAGGGAGCAACUUGAUCAGGGACUUGAUGAAGGAGUACAGCCGCCCAGUCGUUCAUUUCUACAUGGACAAAAUCCAGGAAAACGCCGAGGUGGCUGUUCGAGAAUAUCUCAAGUCAGCGCACCGACGUUUCGGAUCCAAACCUCUGACGGCCACGGAUUAUCUGGACAACGGCUCGAUGAUGACGGUUAGAAUCAGUAUUGACGAGACGGGCUUCGCAACUUUGGACUUUACAGGCACCUCGUGCGAGAUGCUUUCCAACAUGAACGCUCCACCUGCAAUCACGUAUUCGGCAUUGAUCUACACACUGCGCCUCCUCAUCGGCUCUGACAUUCCCCUAAACCAAGGCUGCUUAGCCCCGACCAAAGUCAUCCUCCCAAAGAACACCUUCCUCAACCCUUCUAGCAAGGCCGCAGUCUGUUGCGGGAACACUCUCACCUCACAACGACUCGUGGACCUCCUGCUCAAAGCCUUCCAGGCCGCGGCCGCCUCGCAGGGCUGCAUGAACUGCUUCGGAUUCUUUGGUAACUGCCUUGAGCCAGGCGCUAAGGAAGACGAAGGUAAUGAGGCCGACGAUAGCAGUGGGUUCGCCUUUGGCUACGGCGAGACCAUCUGCGGUGGCGAAGGCGCGGGGCCGACCUGGCACGGCGCCUCGGGCGUUCAGGUGCACAUGACCAACACACGGACCACAGACAUCGAGAUCAUCGAGAAGCGCUACCCCGUGCUGCUGCGCGAAUUCUCCAUCCGCAAGGGCAGCGGCGGCAAAGGGCGCUUCAACGGCGGCUGCGGUGUCGUGCGCGACUGGGAGUGUCGUUACCCGCUGACGUUCGGCAUCAUCUCUGAGCGGAGGGUCCACCAGCCGUUCGGAAUGGACGGUGGAGAACCCGGGGAGAGCGGCGCCAACUAUUGGGUGCAGAAGUUGGAAGAUGGUAGCGAGAGAUGGGUUAACAUUGGGUCGAGAGGCCAGAUCAACAUGAAGACUGGUGACCGUUGUGUGAUCCACACGCCUGGAGGGGGUGGCUGGGGAGUGCCUUGCGAUGAGGCAGCGUCCUCGACCGACUUGAACAAGAUAGUAAAGGACACCGACGGCCCUCUGCACGUAAAGUCCGCUUAUCCGCGCGCAGCUGGAAGCUUUCAUAAUUUCUCUGCAGCUCAGGAGGCGUCGUCUUAG